AAAAGUACAUUCAUUGGAUAAGUACAACAUUCGAUUUUCACUUGUAUACAAACAACUUUCAACUUUAAUUUCCACUAAUGACGACGACUGACUCUUCCGUUCUUUGUUAAUACUAUUCAAACUAACUUACUUGUUAAUUAACCCAAAGUGACUCUGUUCAACAAAAGUCAAACAGAGAGACAGAGAGAGAGAGAGUUUGAUCGCAUCGCCAAUGGAAACAGCAAAGCGUCGAACGAUAGAAACCAUCGUCUCCAAGCUCAGCUCCGUCUCCGAGCAAACCAGAGCCGCCGCUCUAGCCGAGCUCAGACUCAUCUCCAAACAAGACCCCGACAGCCGUCCCAUCAUCUCCGACGCCGGAGCCAUCCCCUACCUCGCCGAGACUCUCUACUCCUCCUCCCCUUCCUCCCAGGAGAACGCCGCCGCCACUCUCCUCAACCUCUCCAUCACCUCCCGCGAGCCGCUCAUGUCCUCGCGCGGCCUGCUCGACGCGCUAUCCCACGCGCUCCGCCACCACGACACCACCACCUCCCCCGCCGCCGUCCAGUCCUCCGCCGCCGCGAUCUACAGCCUCCUGAUCGCCGAGGAGUCUUACCGCCCCGUCGUCGGAUCCAAACGAGACAUCAUCUUCUCCCUCGUCCACGUCAUCAGGCACCGAGACUCGCAUCCGAGGUCGAUCAAGGACGCGCUGAAGGCGCUCUUCGCGAUCGCUCUCCACCCGGCGAACCGCGCCACGAUGGUCUCCCUCGGCGCGAUCCCGGCGCUCUUCUCCCUCAUCGUGAAGGACUCGCGGUGCGGGAUCGUGGAGGACGCGACGGCGGUCAUGGCGCAGGUGGCCGGGUGCGUGGAGAGCGAGGAAGGGAUGAGGAGAGUGUCGGGAGCCGGCGUGCUUGCGGAUCUGCUGGAUCCGUGCACCGGCUCGAGCCUGAGGAUCAAGGAGAACGCGGUCAGCGCGCUUCUGAAUCUCGCGAGGUGCGGCGGGGACGAGGCGCGUUUGGAAGUCGCGUCUGCGGUUGCAUCGGGCGCGGAUGAAGGAGCGAUGGAAGGGAUCGUGUACGUUGCGGAGAACGGGAGUGCGAAAGGGAGGAAGAAAGCGGUUGAUCUGUUGAAGCUCGUUUCGAAUGAUUCACGUUUUGAUCAUCUGAUCAGUGAUAAUGAUAAUAAUCCAAGUAGUAUCUGAUCAUCUGCUUAUCAUAUAUUUGUUACACUUUGCUAAUCCAUUACUUCAUUCAAAACACACACUUUAUAUACAUAAUGUAUUGUCAU